AUCACUGUUUAACACACAUUUCGAAACAAUGGCCGUCACUCAAACCAUCACUCAGACCGCCAGCGCGGAGGCGCCGAAGAAGCCUCAACACAAGGGAGGUUACAAGCAGAUCAACAAGGCUCUCAACAUCUGCGCUUUCGAAGACUACCUCGAGACACAACUCGCCCGUCUUCCCUACAUCGCAGACGUUGAGCAGAUCAGCCCACGUGUGAUCCGCGUCUUGGGCCAGAAUGCCGGGAAGUUCACUCUUCAAGGCACAAACUGCUACAUCAUUGGCACUGGACCAAAGAGGAUGCUCGUCGACACUGCACAGGGAAUCGCGGAGUGGGCGACUUUGAUGGAAAAGACUCUCGCCGACGCCGGAAUCACCCUGUCUCACGUCUUCCUCACCCACUGGCACGGUGACCACACUGGUGGAGUACCAGAUCUCCUCCGAAUGUACCCAUACCUCAAGGAUAGCAUCUACAAGCACACCCCCAACAAGACGCAACAAGACAUCCAAGAUGGACAAGUCUUCCGCGUUGACGGUGCCACUCUCAAGGCUGUGCACGCUCCUGGCCACGCUCUCGACCACACAUGCUUCAUCCUCGAGGAAGACAACGCCAUGUUCACUGGAGACAACGUCCUCGGCCACGGAACAGCAGCUGUCGAGCAAUUGGGUGUCUGGGUAGAGUCUCUUCGAGCCAUGGCUACCCACAACUGCAAGAUCGGCUACCCAGCCCACGGAACUGUCAUCGACAACCUCCCACGAAAGAUCACUCUCGAGCUCCGCGCAAAGGCACGACGAGAGGAGCAGGUCCUUGGAGCCCUCGCUCAGAUCCGCGCACCAGGACCAAAGCGAAGCGUCACCGUCAAGCAGCUCGUCACCUCCCUGCACGGAGCCGAACUCGACCCACAGGUCCGGGAGAUGGCCAUCGAGCCCCUCAUGGAGGAGGUCCUCAAGAAGCUCGCUGGUGACGGAAAGGUUGCAUUCGAGAUCAGGCAAAAGGAGAGGAGGUGGUUCUCUAUCGUCUAA